AUGGCCUCCGACUUCUCGAUACAGCCGAUAGGGCGGUUUGUAGGAGCCAGUCAACCCGUCAAGAGACCAAAGGAAUUCUCUUGCUUUUCUUUUGAUGAGAAUCAUGAAUUUCGCCCUGACGAUUCGUCAGUGAAGUAUUACUAUCCUCCACAGCUUGGGGCAGACUUAUCCUUAGGGUUUAAUACCUUUGUGAAACACGAUGAUUCCCAGGAUGAGCAUCUCGACAGUUUACUAAAAGCCAUUGUAUUACACGAGAAAGAGACUGGAGUCAAGAUAGAUGCGAAUGUAGUCACAUGGAGAGGCAUGAUGACCAAGAUGUUGGCUGCGCCGUUUGAGCAAUAUGAUGGCUUCGAAAUGAAUGCAACAUUAUACCAGAAUGAGGAUCGCGGGAAACCUAGAAGGGGACCCCCUCUUGAUGUUAUGCAAUUUUGGGGAUACAAGUUUGAAACCUUGUCAACGCUUCCUGCUCCAUGGGCAGAGACAUCGAGAGAGUUUAUUGAAAACAGAGAUAAACACAUUGUCAAUAACAAGGAGCAAUACUGCUCCGUUGUACGGACUGGCAUCGGUAAGGCUGUGCUCUGUCUAGGAGGAGAAGUCGAUGCUAUAUGGGACAGCAAGCCCCAAGAGAAAGGAAAACCCAUCAACUGGGUUGAGCUUAAGACAAGCGCCGAGAUCCGCCACGGCGGCGAUAUUGAAAAAUUCCACCGCAAGCUCAUGAAGUACUGGAUCCAGUCAUUUCUCCUGGGCGUCCCAAAGAUUAUCGUGGGCUUCCGCACGCAGGACGGCAUCCUCGUCGACAUCAAGGAGAUUGAGACGCAGCAGAUCCCGCAGACGGUAAACGCGCGCCCGAACCCCGCCUGGAACGCAGAUAUAUGUGUGAAUUUUGCGGCCGCUUUCCUAGAGUGGCUCAUGCAAGUCGUGAAUGAUGAAGGGGUCUGGAGAAUAUCUCGACGGGCCCAUUCGCCCGUCAUUGAGGUUUACAAGGCAGAAGAAACAGGACAUGGCGAUAUCCUGACAGACGAGUUUAAAGACUGGAGAAUCAAGCUGGCCCUGGGCGCAAGUGAAUCGUAA